GAAGGACCUCACUGGAACUCCAGCAGCUAUGGGACACCAGGCUGGACCAUGGGAAGGACUCACCAGAACCUCUGCAGACAUCUCCAGCUUGGACUGGCCUCAGACCCCUCACCUGACCAAUUCCCCUUGUGACCAGGAGGGGGCAGCAAAGCCCCCCAUUAUGGAUGGUACCCAGAAAAGGAGACGGUACCAGCGGCAUGGGAAGCCCCCCUACUCUUACCUGGCCCUCAUUUCCCUGGUCAUCAGGGCCUCCCCGGGGCAGAAACUCCGGCUUUCAGAGAUCCUUCAUGAGAUCAGCGUCCUCUUCCCAUUCUUUAACGGAAGCUACAAAGGCUGGAGAGAAUCCGUCCGACACAAUCUGUCUUCCAACAACUGUUUUAAAAAGAUUCUGAAAGAUCCAAAGAAACCUCAGGCCAAACGAAACUUCUGGACCGUGGAUAUGGACCUCUUGCCCCAUAAUGCCCUGAAACUACAGAACUUGGUCUCCUACAACAAAGAUAACCUUCCGCUUGACCUCACCCCUUACAUUGUGCAUGGGAAGCCAUUCCGAUACCUGGAAGAGCAACCGGCUCAUGUUCCCGAUAACAGCGACAUUAUUCAGUCUGGCCUUAAACCCUCUAAAGGGUCACCAGACCCUGCUACAAAAUACUCUUUAACUCCGUGCAGUUCUGCAGAAACUGUACCUUACCACACCGCAAACCCUCUGAGCCCCCCCACGCUAGUUCCACAUCUGAACACCGGAUCACCGUUUCAUAGAAAAUCGCAUCCUUCUGUCGAAGAAACGGUUUUAAAUUCAGUAAAUAACAUACAGAUAGAAAACCGUGACCAAGUUCGACCCCGAGAAAUUACAAACAACUCUGAUGGGUCACCUCCGAAAAAGGUGACACGUUGUGGGUCCGUCAAACCGUUAACCAAUAUGCUCCAGCAAGGAUAUCAGCCAAGUUCGAAGACUAGCUCGAAGACUAGCUGUCUGAUCCAACAUGUAUACCAGCCAAAUGUAUUGCCCCAGUACAGCUGGCAGCCAAAUGUAUUGCCCCAGCACAGCUGGCAGCCAAAUGUAUUGCCCCAGCACAGCUCAAGUUCUAGCUGUAUGUUCCAGCAUGGCUCGCAACCAAACCCGCAGUCGUACCACAUGCGCCAUCAUGGAUCCCAGGCGAAUUACUUGUCCCAGUAUAGUGGCUCUGGAUAUAACAUAUCCUCCUGCAGUGCAGCUCUGCAUGCAUACUGGCCAACAGUGGUAUGAGGGAAAUCUUCUAUCGGAGAUUUUGAAACGCAAUUUUUUUUAGUACUGGUGGAAUAAACGCAAUUGUAAUGCGACCAGUAAUCGAAAACCCGCACUUCUUAAUGAAAUGAAUAUUAUAAGAGUUUAUUGUACAGUAUUUUCAUGAAUUGUAAGGGAUUUUAUUUGUUGAAUAUACGUUUUGCUCUUUUUGCACAGUGACCAUGUAUGUAUCAUUUUAUGUAUAGGUACUAUGCUUGUUUUGCAUUGCACUCUGGGAUUUCAUAGAAACGGUGCUCGUGUAUUAGAUGCAGCCCCCCCUACAGAGAAGGCUCUGCGUUUACUGGUUUGGGUCCAUACUAAGACGUGCAGUGAGCUCCAUUCUGCGUUAUUGGUCAAUAAUCUCCAACCUGUGGCGACAUCGUUGCCAUACUGCUUCACGCUGGAGAGAUAUUUAGUGACAUGUACUAAGCUGACACCGCAUACAGCUGGGGUCUCAUUCUGUUAUCGGAGAUAAAAGGUUCUUUAAUAUUUAUCAUUUUUACUGAACACAGCACAUUAUUCUCAUCACCGUAUUCACCUUCCUGAAUAGUCACUUUAACUUCUAAAAAAUGUCUUCAUGUAAUGA